GAUAGGCCUGUUUGGCACAUCCAUCAGAUGGAGAUAACCCAUGGUACCAUUGGAUCCAGUUCUAAUUUGACUUGUGCUGCACAUUCACAACCUCCUCCAGUGUUCGAAUGGUUUCGAGAAAGAGCGUUGCUUGGCAACAGUAAAAUAUAUAGACUAAUAAACAAAAAAUGGAAAAGUAUCCUUCAAGUCAGCAUAAAGGAUUCGUCUGUUUUCGGAAGCUAUCAAUGUGUUGUCAGUAAUAAUAUGGGAGAAAUAAAGAGAAUCAUUAAUUUGAUCGAAGGAAUUCAUCCUGAUCCUCCAAGUUUGAAAGUGAGAAGUGACGAACCAGGAGUUUUAAAAAUGAAUUUCCUACCUCCACCUCCCAUUGAGUUUCUGCCAAUUUUAGGAUACAGAAUUGAGUGGAAACUUUCGUCAGAGAAGGACUGGUAUCAGGCUCGAUACCGCCAAGCUAGUGAAGGAGAUGAAUUCAUCAUACAGGAUCUUAGCUUAGAAAGUGACUAUUCGAUUCGAAUAGCUGUUCGGAAUGUUGUUGGUUACAGCAAUUAUUCGAACAUUAUUGUUCAGAGGACUAAAGGUUUGCUUGCCGAAACUGUGGUAGACGGAUAUAGCCUAUCUUCUUUAAAUUCAUCGUCAACAUCGUCGAAAAUAACGAGUGCAUCAAUCAAUGGCUUCCCCUUAAGCUUCUACAUAUUUAUAUUGCUUCGAUUUCUCUUUUUACAAAGUUGUUGAACAUUUUCUGCGAAGAAUUUGUGUUUUCUAUCUGCGAUAUGUAUUGUGGUUGAUGAUGGUCGUGAAGCUCUUCUAUAAAUGUUCUGCAGGGUGAUACAAAGUAUUUUGAGGCCGAACAUUAAGUGUCGGCACACUCCUUGUGAGAUUAAAUGGCUUUAAUAAGUAUAAAACUAUGAUGGCUUUAAUAAGUAUAAAACUAUUUUCAUUUUUUUAGUGUUCCGCUUUUUAUCAGCAAUCGGAGUUGACUUGCAUUUGAGUUGUCGCAAUUCUAACUUUUCUACACCUUUUGAUGCUAUGAUUAAGAGAAUGCCAUACCAUGGCAGAAAUACUUCUUACCAAAUUCUCUUUCACCCAGAUAUGUAGUUAAAACUUUAACAGUAUAGAAAAAUAGAGUUUAGGUAAACCUAGAGUCAUCCAUAAAAUUUCAAAUUAUUGUUUUUUUUUCAAAAUAUCAAACUACACACAAAUGACAACAGAAUUACUCAGGAUUACAAAGUGGGAAAAUAAUCUUGCCAUAAUUUAUAUUGCGCAAAAAAAUGAGCAGACCAACCACAAUUUUUUUUUUUAUCUAACGAUCUGAUCUUCACUUUUUAGAAAUCAGUCUUAAUAGUUCGAAGGAAUGACAUCAAAUAUGCUAGUUAAUUAGUGUAGGCGAAUUUAAGUUACGAAUUCAGAUACAGAAAUGUACUUUGUACUCUGAAUAAACAUAACUGUUUUUCAACGGAUUUCGAAUCCUGAUUCCGUUUAUCCAACGAUAAUUGCAUUCAAAAAUAAAAUUUAAUAAAUAUUUAUUAUUUUUUAUUAUUUUCUUUACAAAUAGUUUAAAAAAAUUUAAUUGCAAAGUACACAAUUUCAAAGAAUGCAAUUUUACAUGGCCAAAUACGAGAUUUGAGUGAAAUCGGUGGAGCAGUCCAGAGAAAUUGAAUUUUGAAAAAGCAAUAUUUUUACUGUACUUCUAUUUUAAUAUUUUGAUAAGCAAUUUCAACAUCAUGGUUUAUUCCAGGUUUACCUAAAUUUAUUUUUCUCCAAAUUUUAAAAUACCAAUGGGGGUUCAGUAUCCAGUAUAGCGUUUCUCCAAAAAUUGUGGCAUUUAAUGCUACACCCAUUUCAUAUACACCGGGGAAAUAAGAAUUUUUAAAUAUUUUUGUUUCAUCCAUAUUUAGAUCAACAAAAAUCCGUGUCACUGUUAGCCACCUCUUCUCAUUUCAUCAUCGUUAGAAAGCUUGAAUUUUCUCCUCUGGAUACAGUCCUCUCAAUUGAUCGAUUCAUUCAGUCUUCCUCAAUGAAAUAUGCAAAACUCAUUUUUACCUCCUCAUGGCUAAAUAUAAAGAUAAAAUUCUAUAUAAAACCAAAAUUGGGCUAUGCGCUUAGUGACACGCAUCAUUGGAAAGACUUUUAUAUUUGAUUUAAAGAAAAACAACUUCAGAACAGCUUUUUCAGUUAUACCUAGAGCUAAAACGUGUUUUAGAUUCAACAGCAUAACAGUAAUCGGUAAAAUUCGUGAUUUGUUCAUGAUCCGUUUUAUUCAAACGAAUCGUAAACUUCGAUUUGUUAUCAUGUAGUCUGUAUCAGUUGAAUAAGUUGUAUUUAAAAAAUUCGGCGCAUACAUAUAACAUUUUUCCCUUUUUCGCAAAACAAUGUGACUUUUUAAAUUGCCUGAAAUAGCUCCUAUUUUGGUGUAUUAUUCAUACACACAUUUGAAAAAUAAAUAAAUAAAGACUUCUCAAAAUAAUAAUCAUGAUAUAGAACAAAUUAUAUCGAAUAUGCAGUUUUUGUUUGGGAAGAGCAGAAAAAAGGUGACUUCCAAGUCAAAAUAAAUCAAUUACGCACAAUAUCAGAAAAUUCAUUUUAAUUUUUGCGGAAUCUUUUUAUAAGGACUUAGAACACCUUAUUAUACAUCUAGAAUGUAUUCGUUACACUAAAAAAGCUUUCUUAGAAUAAGUAUUUGUUGUAUUAAGAAAAACAUGCGCUAGUUUUAUUUUAAAACUUGCUUUCUAAAUUUCUAGCCUCGUUUAAAUAAAAAAUAAUAGUUAAACAGACAUCUCAUUUUGUAAGGAAUAAUUGUUAUUUUGUGAUAAGUAUCUACAGAAUAUUCAUGAAUAAAGCUGCUGUAAACGAGCUUCGUAUUCCUUGUGUCGUUCUGACUAUAUUUAUGCAUUUAAACUCAAAUUUUAUUUGCACUUUUAUUGUAAGAACUUUAUAGCAUUGCUUGUAAUAUAUGCAAGAUUUUAAGCAAGUGAAUAGAUUUAAGGAUGGCACCGUCAGAAAAACGAUGGGCACUGGAUAGAUGAUGGGACAGAAAAUUAAAAAAGUGAUCUCGAGGUUUAAAAUAAUCUCGUUUUAUUGCAGAGGCAAAAUUUAAACAAAACAUAAAUAAAAUAUAAACAUCAAAUAAAAAAUUUUUAUUUAUAAUUUCACAAGCUACAAUAGCCAAAAAUAUUCAGUAAAAAAAAGCUAGUAGUUUAAGAAACAUAUUUUAAAAUGAAAAUUUUGUCAUAGCUUUAAAUGUUUUAGUGGACCGUUGAUUAUCUUCACACGCCAUGGAACGAUUUUCUGAUAAAUUCUUAUGCACAAUGUUCUGCAAUCACCGAAUCCUUGUACAAAAUAAAUUAAUAAAAUAUGCGUUCUUGGGAUAGCAAAUUGUUAUUUAAACAAACGAAGAAAAAAUAUAAUUUCGGUAUCAAAAUUAACUAGUCCUUAACGUGAGUGUAAAUAAGUACGUAAUGUAAAAGCAAAUAGCGCAUAUGAUAAGUACAGAUAUGAAAAUAUCUAUACUUAUUUAAUUGGUGGAAAAAAAUGACGAAAAAUAAGGAGAUAUGAAAAAAUUCUUCAUCUGUCAAAUGAAAUGAUUUUGAUUCUUAUAACCUGUCUUCCUUGAUGAUGAUUGACCAAAUAUUUCAAAAUUUUUUUUGCUUCAAUUAUAAUUCAUAACCACCUAAUUUAUAAUGUCUUUUACUAGUACUUUAAAAUUAUGUACGAGAUGAAGAAAUCUCGUAUAAAGAGCUGUGAUUACGGAAUACCCUGCAUGAAUUUCUUUUUCAGAGAAAAAAGUAUUUUUUUAUUACAGAAAUGCUCGUUUAAAUGCUUAAUUUGCUCUUCAUCAUGGAUGCUUGGUUAUGCAGUCGAAUGGAAAUUUCUGGCGCCUUAUUUUAUUAAAAAUUGUUUUUAUAAUUAAGCUUUGUUUCUACAAAUUGUUAUUGAACAUCAGAGCUAUGAAUUUUUCUGUUCAUAAUUAUGGAGCUUAGAAAAUAUUUUAGAUAAAAAAGGUUUAUUUUUUUCCUUA